CUUGUUUGGAUGGUUCUCUUCAAGCUGACUUGAAAGAAGGCCUCGCAAAAAUCCAGGUCGUACGACUAACAGGAGAUUCUCGAAUAUCAUCCAACGGAGAAAUUAUCUUAAUAAUCCCAGAAGUAAAUGAAGUACAACUUAAAUUAAAAGCUCAAAAACUUGAGGUAGAUGGCAAUAUCAAUGGAAUGGAAGAACACUCAAGAGAAAUGCAAAGAUUUCGAAGUCUUGGUGGCCAAGUAACAUUUGAAGCCAUGACAACCAAAAGUAUUAAGGUCAAUCGUGCCAGCUGGGCUAAGACCCUUAAUCUCGGCAGAUUUAUGCAGUAAUCAAAGAUAUUGAAGUAGAAGGAUGAUUUUGCAGAAAAAGAAAUAGUGCAUACAGAAACUUAAGAAGGUCAGGAAGUGUUCACGAAAAAAGAUUGUAUGUAUGUUAUAAGAGUACUUUUGCCAAAAUUUUAUCUCGAAAUAACUGUGGAAAGGACAUAAUAUUAACGAUAUUUCAAGCAGGAUGCAUUCAAUAAGCUAUUUUACGUUUAUGCAUAAUAUUGUACAAGUAUGUAUUGAAUCCUGCGACGCAACAAUAAUUUUGAUAAUAUUUUACUUACAAAAUUUAAUCAUGCACAGGCCAUGUUACCUAUGAAUAACUUGAAAUUUGUCCAUUCAUUUGUAAUUGAUCUGUUAUUUUUAGGUUAAGACAAUUUGACAAUUUUUAUUUUCAUUGUUUCCAUGUAAAAUAAUAUACGUAAAAAUGUGUACCAAAAAUGUCAAUGAUUCGGCAAAGUGAUUAUUUCUUUAUGGUAAUCUUGAUUUAAAAAUCAACAUAUCUGAACUUGUUUAUAGCAAUCGCUCUUAAUUAAACAAAAGAAAAAAAAUGAAAUAAAAUAUUUUUAUCAUACGACUAAAUAAUGUUUCACUUAGAAUAGUUAAAAAACUUUUAAAGUGAUUAAAGUUUUUGUAUACAGAAUAUUCUUUAAUUUCAUCAAAAUAAAAUUAUUAAAAUUAAUGUGGUUAACUGAACAUCCGUUUUUCUACAUUUUCAAUAAAGAACGAUAUUAAUAUUAGUAAGGAGUAUAUUUGCAAUCAGAGGUGGUAAGAAGUUAAUUUUGUUGUUGAAAUAUAUACAGUUUACUAUGAAUUAUCUUUCUUCCAAAUGAAGACUAACAUAGUAAAGUUCUUCAAGCUGUAAUAUUUUAUGAGUACGAAUAAUAUUGGUGAAUGGGUUUUUUUACUACAUAUCGUUUAUUCCAAAUUAUACUUAUGUCAUACAAUAGUAAUUAAGUUAAUAAAACUGUAACUUAUCCUCGAAGAACACGAUGAUGGUAUACUUAUUUUCUUGCUAUGCUCUAAAAUUUUAUAUUCGCUUGAAGCUAUCGUUUAUAAUUCAUAUAAUUUGUAUACUUAUUUUGUCAUUUGUAAUAAUGACAGUAUACUUUAAUAAUUAUUAUUAAAAAUAUUAAACGUUUGUUUAUAGUAACAAAAAUUGUACUAUAAUAAAGAGAUAACAUUAAUUAUAUCUAAUUGUAAGUUUAAAAAUAUAUUUGACAAAAUUAGCAAAAUUAUUAAAUAAAGACAGUCCUCGCACUUACGAUAGUUUAGAUUAAGUUCCUUGAGAGUUGAAUUGUAAGUCAAAUGAACGUAAGUCGAAUCACUUUAUGUAAUAGAUUUCUAUAGGAAAUGGAUAAUUGACCAGAUAACAGAAAUUACGAAGAUGUCAUUUAAUACGUCUUCAGGAGGUCUUAUGUUAUGGGUUUUGACACUUUUUUGAGACAUCAUUUUGGCCUAAGACAUUUAUAAAACAAAAAUCCAUCACAAGCCCAAAUAGCACAAAUAAAGAAUCCAUUCCGAAGACGCCAUCAGAAGGUCUUAUGUCAUAGGUUUUGAGGUCUUAUAGACGUCUUAUGUUUAAAAGACGUGUUUUUGACACAAGACAUCUAUAAGACAUCUAAACCCAUGCCAUAAGACCUUUUGAAGACGUCUUGUCGACAUCUUCGUAAUUUGAACUAUCCGGGAAGACAGUCAGACAACGUCUUUAUUUAUGCUACUUGUGUAGGUUCCUAUAGCAAUAUUUGUAGAAUAAAACAACAUUUAAAAUAUUAAUUUACGUAGUGUAUUUUUGAAAACACAAAUAAUUAUGUAUUGCAAUAAAAGAAUAAAAAGGUAAGAAAACUAA